GUGAAAGUCCUGUUGACUUCCUGUUUAACUUUUUGGAGGAAUCGCAGGGCCCGUUCGGAGGUUUUGAUGUCGUAGACAAUCGUCCCAGAGCUGGUGUUAAUGGCAGCCUGAUGGUGACGGUGACCGGGAGUGAAUCUGCCACAGUGACAGAAGUCAUUCUGGUUGAAUCGUCUGGGUCGGGAGAGGUUAAUGGCAACGUGGAGGCUCAGGGUGGAGGAGACUUCUUGGCUCACUUUGACAGGAUACCAGCAGAGGAGUUUGUGGUGCUUGUGAAGGGGCAGAGCAACAAUGGUUCCUCCAGAAUGUCCUCAGCAAACUUUCAAAGGCAGUCCCCCACCAACAUCAGAGCGUCUGCUGUGGCUGUUACUUCUCCUGAUUCAGACAGCGUCUUAGUUCCAGGAACACCACUUUCAGUUCCCUUCACUGUGAUGACGAGUGGUGCAGGAGGGACCUUCAGCAUCCAAGCUACCAAUGACCAAAGUUUUCUCUCAACUUUCCCGUCCAGUUUAAUGCUGGAAACUAACGGCAGUGCUAACGGUACAGUGACCCUCACAGCACCUCUUAACACCGCGUCUGGUACCGUCGUCACCCUGACCAUUUCGGCCGAGGCCUCAGGAGGUGCAGACACCAACUACGUCGUGCAGCGUCUCACUGUUCUUGAAACG